UUUUUCAUCAUGUUUGUAUUCAUUUUUAACAGAGGAUUUAAUUCUGCAGAAAUUCUUGCAAAUUCACAAAACUAACAUGAAGAAAAAAGCAAAGUAUAUUUUUGAAGGCAACAAAGACAAUGAUACAGAUCUCGAGACUGUCUACACAGACCUGUUCAUCACGGAGGGAGAUAUGGAAGAUGUCAAUCAUGAACAUGAGAUUCAUAAGAUUGAUGAAGCUUUCAAAAAUAAAAAAACAAAGGUCAAACCUAUAAAAUGUAAUGAUAUAUUUACUGAACUGAGGAAAAAAAAUGAGGUGAAGAUUGUGCUGACCAAGGGAGUCGCUGGCAUUGGAAAAACUGUCUCUGUGCAAAAAUUCAUCCUGGACUGGGCAGAAGGAAACACCAAUCAGGAUAUAGACUGUGUGUUUUUGCUUCCAUUCAGAGAAAUCAACUUAAUGUCAAAUGAAAAUUUCAGUCUCCACGAGAUUCUGCUGGAAUUUUAUACUGAAUUGAAGGACUUGGAUGAAUCAAAGCUAUAUAAGAAAUGUAAGCUAGCAGUUAUAUUUGAUGGACUUGAUGAGAGUCGUCUGCCAUUAAACUUUAAAAGUGACACACUGUACACUGUUGAGGAAAGAGCAUCUGUAGAUGUGCUGUUUACAAGUCUGGUCAAAGGAAAGCUGCUUCCAUCAGCUCUUGUCUGGGUGACAUCACGACCAGCAGCAGCCAAUCAGAUCCCUCCUCGGUAUGUGGGAUUGUUUACAGAGGUGCGAGGAUUCAAUGACCAACAGAAGGAGCAGUACUUAAGAAAGAGAAUCACAGAUGAAACUCAAGCCUCCAGAAUCAUCUCACACAUUAAGACGUCUCGUAGUCUCUACAUAAUGUGCCACAUUCCUGUGUUCUGCUGGAUAACAGCCACAGUACUUCAGGAUAUUCUCAUCAAGAACAAUACAGAGAACAUAAGCACAACACUCACUGAAAUGUACAUUCACUUCCUGCGUAUACAGAUGAACAUAAAGACCCAGAAGUAUGAUGAACAAAAAGAGAGGGAACAAUCAGAGCACUUAAAAUUAAAUAGAAAAAUGAUUUUGAAGUUAGCCAAACUAGCAUUUAAACAGCUGAAGAAGGAAAACAUUGUGUUCUAUGAGAAAGAUCUGAAAGAAUGUGGUAUUAAUGUGAGUAAAGAAACUGAGUUCACAGGAAUGAUUGCUGAGAUCUUUAAGAAGGAAGAUGGACUUUAUAAGACAAAGGUCUUCAGCUUUGUGCAUCUGAGUGUUCAAGAGUUCCUUGCUGCAUUGCAUGUGUUCAUCUGCUACCUGAACAAGAACAUGCUAGAGCUUCAGUUUUUCUUUAAAGAUUCACAAACUACAGCCAGACAAAAGCUUCAGUUCCUUUUUAGAAAUGUCAAAUUUCACGACUUAACAAAGAGGGCCACUGAUAAAGCCAUGCAGAGUAAGAGAGGACAUCUGGACCUUUUCCUGCGGUUUCUGAUGGGAAUUUCACUGGAAUCCAGUCAGAACCUGCUCAAAGGCCUGAUCACACACACUAAAGACAACAGUGUGAGCAUCAGACAAACAACUGAACACAUUAAAGGAUUACAAAAACAGGUAAUUUCAGAUGAAACUACAGUCAACCUAUUCUACUGCUUACUUGAGCUGAAAGAUAAUUCAUUAUAUGAGGAAAUCCAGAGUUACCUCAGUUCAGAUGAAUAUACAGGAAGAGACCUCUCAUCUUCAAUGUGCACAGUGCUGACCUCAGUACUGCUGAUGUCAGAGAAGGUGCUGGAUGAGUUCAACCCAAAGAGAUUCACGUCAAAACAAGUAGACUACAAGAGACUUGUUCCAGCUUUGAGAUGCUGCAGAAAAGCCCUUUUUGACAGCUGUCGACUUGAUGAAACAAGCUGUGAAACUGUGUCUUCUGCUCUACAAUCAUCAAACUCUCAUUUGACAGACCUGGACCUGAGUAACAAUCACCUGCAGGAUUCAGGAGUGAAGCUUCUUUCUGAUGGACUGAAAAGUUCACACUGUCAACUAAACAUACUUAGGUUAUGUGGAUGUAAUCUCACUGCUCAGUCCUGUGAGAGUUUUUCUUCAGCUCUACAAUCCUCAAAUUCCCAUCUAAAUGUGCUGGACCUGAGUAACAAUGACCUGCAGGAUUCAGGAGUGAGCCUGCUUUCUGAAGGAGUGAAGAGUCCAAACUCUAAGCUGGAGAUGUUGAGGUUAUGUGGAUGUAAUCUCACUGCUCAGUCUUGUGAGAGUUUUUCAUCAAUUUUACAAUUAUCAAGCACCUGUCUGAGAGAGCUGGACGUGAGUAACAAUGACCUGCAAGAUUCAGGAGUGAAACUACUUUCUGAUGGACUGAAUAGUCCAAACUCUAAGCUGGAGAUACUGAGAGUUUCCAUCUGUAAUCUCACUGCUCAGUCUUGUGAGAGUUUGUCAUCAGUUUUACAAUCAUCAAAAUCUGUUCUGAAAGAGCUCAACCUGAGUAACAAUGACCUGCAAGAUUCAGGAGUGAAGCUGCUUUCUGAUGGACUGAAGAGUCCAAACUGUCAGCUUGAGAUACUGAGGUUGUCUGGCUGUAUGGUGACAGAGGAGGGAUGUUGUUACGUGUCUUCAGCUCUGACUUUAAACCCCUCAUGCUUGAGAGAGCUGGAUCUAAGCUAUAAUCACCCCGGAGAUUCAGGAGUCAAGCUGCUCUCUGAAAAACUGGAAGAUCUAAACUGCUCACUGGAUAAAUUCAAUGUGGAUCAUGGAGGAGAAUCCAGGAUUACAGCAGGACUACAGAAAUGGAUCUUUUUUUUCUCACACUGGAUCCAAACACAGCUAACACUGAUCUCAUUCUGUCUGAGGAGAACAGAAAGGUGACAUGUGUGAGAAAGAAACAGCCAUAUCCUGAUCAUCCAGACAGAUUUGAUGAGUAUCCUCAGGUGUUGUGUAGAGAGAGUGUUUGUGGACGCUGUUAUUGGGAGAUUGAGUGGAGUGGACAUGUGUUUAUAUCAGUGUCAU